UGACAGUCGUGUCUCGCCGGGGGUCAAGAUUAAGCCUAAUUUCGGCCUGAAAUAGGUGAAAAUCGGCCGAAAUGCAACGUGAGAAGACGGAUUCGGCAGAGCAGCUCGCAAGCCGCAGUCAGAAUCGCCGGUGAAAAAGAAACAAAAAUGGUGAUGUCGCCGACGAAGAUCAAGACUUUGAGGCACCCCUGGGCACCUACUUGCGAUUCUGUGCGUCGUUUUUGGGGCAACUUGUUCGGCGCGGACUUCAUACAAAAGCAGUUGUAAAACACCCCGAAAAACUUAUCAGUGUGGAUUUGCAUAAUAAAAUCGGUCGGCGGCCGGUUUUGCAAAGUGAGCGGCGGCGGCGGCGAUAAGGUGCGCCGACCGAGGGGAGGGGGUGCGCGGCGGCCGGGGUGCGACGGCGGCCGAGACUCGCAGUCUCAGUUGUGGCGUCUCAGCCGGCCGGCGCACUCCAACCGCCCCCAGAGCCGCCCCCGCGGAGGCAGAACUGCAGCCCCUCAGAUCUCCGCCACAGCACGUGCUCGCCACAGAGGGGAUGGAGUGAGACCAGAACCAAGCCAGGAACAUGAGCCAUUGUUGCGCACCCCUACUGCUGCCAUUGUUGGCCGUGAUUGUUGUUGUUUCUGCUCUGCCGCCGGUCAUCAGAAUAGGAGCCAUUUUUACGGAGGACCAGAAGGACAGCAGCACCGAGCUGGCUUUCAAGUACGCCGUCUACAGAAUCAACAAGGACAAGAGCAUUUUGCCCAACACCACCCUCGUCUACGACAUUCAAUAUGUGCCCAAGGACGACAGCUUCAGAACCUCGAAGAAAGCGUGCAAGCAAAUGGAGCAGGGCAUCCAGGCCAUCUUCGGGCCUUCGGACCCGGUGCUCGGCGCGCACAUCCAGUCCAUCUGCGAGGCGCUGGACGUGCCGCACUUGGAAACCAGGGUCGACUUCGAACCCAGCUUCAAGGAGUUCUCCAUCAACCUGCACCCCAGCCAGGAGCAUAUGAACCAGGCAUUUCAGGACGUGAUGGCCUUUCUAAACUGGACCAAAGUGGCCGUGGUGUACGAGGAGGACUACGAUAUUACAAGCUCAAAAGGCCUGUUCAAGUUGCAAGACUUGGUCAAGAGCCCGCCAACCCAGCGCACGGAAAUGUACAUCAGACAGGCCAACCCUGCUACCUACAGACAAGUGCUCAAGGAAAUCAGGCAGAAGGAGAUUUACAAGCUGAUCGUCGACACAAACCCCAAGCACAUGUACAAAUUCUUCCGGGCGAUUUUGCAGCUACAAAUGAAUGACUACAGAUACCACUACAUGUUCACCACAUUUGAUAUUGAAACGUUCGACUUGGAGGACUUCAAAUACAACUCUGUGAAUAUCACUGCAUUUCGUUUAGUUGACGUAGAGGACAAACGGGUCUCGGAAAAACUGGCACAAAUGGAGAAGUUCCAGCCGAUAGGGCAGAGCAUCCUCAACCGCUCGGGGAUAAUUCAGGCUGAGUCUGCACUGAUGUUUGACUCGGUGUACGUUUUCGCCAAAGGGCUGUCCGCCCUGGACCAAGGUCACGUGCUCAAGCCUGCCAACCUCUCUUGCGAAUUGGAGCACCCGUGGGAGGACGGGCUCAGCCUUUACAACUACCUAAAUACGGCGAGUCUGCACGGCUUGACGGGGCACAUAGAGUUCAUCGAGGGGCGCCGCAGCGACUUCAAGCUGGACAUCAUGAAGCUCAAGCGCGAGCAGCUUCAACUCGUCGGUCACUGGAGCAUGGGUCACGGGGUCAACAUCACCGACCCAGCCGCUUUCUACGAGAGCAGUGUCAACAACAUCACCCUCAUCGUCAUGACGAGAGAGGAGAAGCCGUACGUGAUGGUGAGAGAAGAUAAAAACCUGACGGGCAAUUCGCGCUACGAGGGUUUUUGCAUCGACCUGCUCAAGGCGAUCGCCAACCAGGUCGACUUCAACUACGACAUCCGUCUCGUCCCCGACCACAUGUACGGUGUCUACGACCCCGAGACCAAAUCGUGGAACGGCAUCGUCCGCGAGCUCAUGGACAAGCGCGCGGAUCUGGCAGUGGCUUCGAUGACGAUUAACUACGCGCGUGAGAGUGUCAUUGACUUCACCAAACCCUUCAUGAAUUUGGGGAUCGGAAUUUUAUUCAAGGUGUCGGAAAGCAUGCCAAAGCGGCUGUUCUCGUUCAUGAAACCGCUGGCCGUGGAGAUUUGGCUGUCGAUGCUGGGCGCGUACGUUCUCGUGUCGCUCACCAUUUGGGUGGUGGCCAGGUUCUCGCCCUACGAGUGGCGCGUCCCCGAGCCCUGUUGCCUUGGGGUGCUCGAGCCCGAGGCCGAGCCAGAGGUGUACGAGAACGACUUCACGCUGUCCAACUCGUUCUGGUUCACCAUCGGCACCCUCAUGCAGCAGGGCUCUGACCUCAACCCCCAGGCGACAAGCACGAGAAUCGUUGGAGGAAUCUGGUGGUUCUUCACAUUGAUAAUAAUUUCCUCUUACACGGCCAACUUGGCCGCCUUCCUCACCGUCGAGAGGAUGAUCACGCCGAUCGAGAACGCAGCAGAGCUGGCGGAACAAACGGAAAUUUCCUACGGAACCCUCGAAGGCGGCUCAACAAUGACCUUUUUCAGGGAUUCAAAAAUAGGAAUCUACCAGAAAAUGUGGCGCUUUAUGGAAAGCAAGCGACCCUCGGUGUUUGUCAACAGCUACGAAGAGGGCAUCAAGAGGGUGCUCGAAGGCAACUACGCCUUCCUCAUGGAAUCCACCAUGCUUGAUUAUGCCGUCCAGAGGGACUGCAACCUCACCCAAAUUGGAGGCCUCUUGGACUCAAAGGGUUACGGGAUUGCAACGCCAAAAGGUUCUCCGUGGCGAGACAAAAUUUCUCUGGCCAUCCUGGAGCUGCAGGAGAAGGGCACAAUCCAAAUAUUGUAUGACAAGUGGUGGAAGAACACGGGCGACGUUUGCAACAGGGAUGACAAAAGCAAAGAGUCAAAAGCAAACGCGCUUGGAGUGGAAAACAUCGGCGGAGUUUUUGUGGUCUUGCUCUGCGGUCUUGCCUUGGCCAUAAUUGUGGCGGUGCUCGAGUUCUGCUGGAAUUCCAGAAAGAACGCGCAGACUGAUAGGCAAUCUUUGUGUUCCGAGAUGGCCGAGGAACUGCGCUUUGCGAUCCGAUGCCACGGAUCGCGUCAGAGGCCCGCUUUAAAGAGGACCUGUUCGAGGUGCUCGCCAGGAACAACUUACGUUCCCGCAGCGUUAGAAAUGCCUCACAUCAACGGGGUAAAUCUAGAUCCAGUGCUACAUACGUUUUGUUACAAAUUUUCCAAAAAUUUAAAUCAAAAACAUAUCGCCAAGCUAAGAUACGUUUUUGCAAUUUGGUUCAAUUUGAUGUGUAUAUAAUUUAGUUUUAAAUUAUUUGAAUUUCUAUUUUUGUUUAAAACUUUUUAAAAAGUGCCUACACCAUAGAGAAGUAGUAAUUUACAAAGAAAACUUUAAAAUAAUUAUCUAAUCACAAAAUUUAAACUUGAACUUUUGAGAUUAUUGUGUUGUUAAUUUUAUUUAAAAAGCUACUGUAAUUAUUUCAGUUCAUGUUAUUUGCUUUCUGUAUCUUGCUUUAUUUUGUUUACAUUAAAAGAAUUUACAGUGUUUGUGCAGUGAGCAAAAUGAUAUAUUUGAUAAUUUUAAAUGUGACGAACAGAGACACACCAAAGAAAAACGCCAAUUUUCAUUUUGCACAAAUUUUUCAGUACAGUUCUUUUCAAAUUCUCGUUCUUUGGCAUUUCUCUGUUAAAUCAAGUCAAAUGAGAAAUUUUAAAUUCGCCAGAGAUAUUGUAAAAAUGUGAAAAUUUUUAUUCUGACACUGCCAGUGUGUACUAAAAUUAUAUAUGAAAGCAUUCACUAAGGCCAAUGCUACUCUGCGUAGGAUAAUAGUGUGAUGCUAGAGAUGCAUAAAACGUCGAUAAGCAAUUUCCAACUGCCGGACACUUAGCAAGAAAGGUGCGUGCAACACACACCAUUGUAUAAAUGUAAAACACAUUUGAACCCAGCCCUUGACCUUGAGUUCACGCUUGCAGAGGACCUGGUACUUCCACCAGGACGGCCACCAUCACUCGCACUCGCCGCCCGCCGAGGCAGCCAACCCUCACACCUGCUGCGACCCCGACGAGUGGGACAAUGUCUUGGUGGCCGAGAAGCACGGCCUGUGAUAAACAUAACAGACGCUUUUCGUACUGCGACGCCGCCCCUUGAGAGUCUCGCCAGACCAAAAUUCAUACACACAUUUUACUUAUAUUAAUAUAAAAAUAAACUUCUUGCAGGUUGUGCCCUAAAAUAAACACAUUAAAUUCAAAAGAGAGACUUAAGUAUUUUUUAAAUUUCUGAUUGUGAAAAAAGAUCAAAUUUCAAUACAAAUUUUAUAAUUGUGAUACAAAAAUUCGUCAAAUCAGGAUUAAUUUUGCCAUCAAGUUUUUUCAUGAAAUUUUGCCUUCUUUCAUAUUCAGGAAUAAAAAAUUGCUCAUGUCCCUCUUUAAAAAAAAAACUUGUUAUUUGUUGUGGUCACCAAGUUUUGGGGGUUUUCAUUCAUUUUUAAAAUUAAAAUAUCUAAAAUCAGAUAAAAUGGAUUUCUAUUGUGACUUUGAUUGGUUGCUGGCGUUAUUGACAAUGAUGUAACAUGAAAUUUGCGUGGAAGACCACAAUCCAAAUGAUCAAGAUAAUAAUUAAUAAGGAAGACGCCGAAAAUACACACACUGAGGAAAGCAACGCCGACGACGACUUGAGGGAAUGUUGUAAUUAGACACGGGGAAAUUGCUAUUCUUGUAAAAUUAAAACUUCUACGCAAAAGUAAAAUUAAAAAUCGAUGUGGAUUCAUAAAAAAAGUGUGAUUCUGGAUGGAGAAUUUUUUCUUAAAUGUGUCAAUGUGGGUCAGCUUGAAAAUUAUUGCGCAUGUUGAAAUAUCUAGAAAAUGUUAUGUUGCAAAUUUAUCGGGGUGUUUGAUAUUAUGAGAUGCAAAAGGUUUGUGAGAAAUACAAUGUUGAGCAUUGGACGUAAUAUAAGGAUUUUUAACGAUUGACCGAACCGAUGGAGUGUAAAAACACAAUAAAAACUUCAUGUUCUAAAUAAUUCAAUUCAAAUAUCAGUUUAAUUACUCUUACCGUUUAAUUUUGAAUUGCAUUUGAAAAAAUAGCGAUUGUUGA